GUUGUUGAAGAUUAACAUGUUAGAUCUUCACAACAAUUACAUAAUAUACGACUGCAGUUAUUCGCCAAAGAUAUUAAAAAUAAUUCAGUUUUUGAUUCAUUCAUCAUUGCCUGAAAGCUAAACUGAUUCUCAUCGAAUUGAAGUUCUAUUUUCAACUACUGAAUUGGUUUCUUGAACGAGAAAUCGAUCCUUAAAAGAAAUAUUAUUAUGGUUUACAUGAUGUUGUCGUUGAUCCUCUUCAUCGUAGCUGCUAGUUUGAUAUAUUUCUAUGUGAAACGUAGCCUGAGUUACUGGAAAAAGAAGAAUGUCUACGCAGAACAACCAUACCCACUUUUUGGAAAUUUGCUAAAUGUAGCUUUCAGAGGAGAAAGCAUGAUGAAUAUCAUCAAAAGAAUCAAUAAUGGCUUAAGUGACAAACACAAAUAUUUUGGUUUUUAUCUAUUCCAUAAGCCAGUUUUGAUUGUGACAGACAAAGAAUUAAUAAAAGAAGUUCUUAUCAAAGACUUUAACACCUUUGCCAACAGAGCAAAUUACACCAAUGAAAAAGUCGAUCCUAUUGCAUCAAAUAAUUUAUUUUCUUUGAGGGAUCAAGUUUGGAAAACUGUAAGAAAUAAGUUGUCUCCAGUUUUCACAUCUGGUAAAAUGAAACUUAUGAUGCCUUUGAUGACAGAGAUUUCUGAUAAUUUGGAAGAUGUGUUGAAUAAUACUCAUAACACCAAUAUAGAUGUUAAAGAUAUAACUAAAAGAUAUGCCAUAGAUAUAACAACUUCAUGUGCUUUUGGAUUCGAUUCAGAAAGUUUGAAAGAUGCAAGUUCUGAGGUGAAACUCAUGUCUGAUAAAUUAUUAAAUCCGACAAGUUUUAUUAGUCGAUUUGGGAUGUUCUGUUGGGUUCUAUGCCCUUUUUUAGUUGACAUAUUUCGAGUACCAUUUGUGGAUCGUGAAGCAUCACGAUAUUUCAUAAAUCUCUUCAAACAAUCAGAAGACGAAAGGAUAAAAAGAAAUAUCCAACGGAAUGAUUUUGUCGAUCUCAUGAUUGAAAUGACCAAACAAGAAAAGCAAAAUGAUGUUUUCCAAUUUGAUGAUAUCAAGAAAUCCGCUCAGGCUAUUGUGUUCUUUAAUGCGGGAACAGAGGCAUCAUCUACCAUUUCAUCAUUUUGUCUGUAUGAAUUGGCCUUGCAUCCGGAAAUUCAGCAGGAACUCUCAAACGAAAUAAGAGAUAAUUUGGACUCCAACGGAAACAUUUCAUAUGAAACACUUUUUGGAAUGGAAUAUUUAGAUAUGGUAUUGAAAGAAACAUUGAGAAAAUACCCCUUUGCACAAUUCAUCUCGAGAUAUGCUGAAAAGGAUCACAUUUUCGAAUCUACUGGACUGAAAAUUGAAGAAGGUACACAAAUUAUUAUUCCAACAUUGGCAAUUCACGAAAAUCCUAAACAUUACCCUGAUCCUUCGAAAUUCGAUCCAGAAAGAUUCCGUGGAGACAAAAUGAAAGAUCUCCAAUACGUGUAUUUGCCUUUUGGGGAAGGACCCAGAAAAUGCAUAGGAGAACGAUUUGCACUGAUGGCUAUGAAAUUAGUAAUAGUUACGUUUCUGAAGAAAUUCGAGCUUGUACCAGGAGAGAAGACAGAUAUCCCAUUGAAAUUCGUGAAAAAUGGAUUUUUUACUUCUACGAAAGAUGGAUGUAUAUAUUUGAAAAUAAAGGAAAGGAGGCAGUAGAA